UGGGUUGGGUAAGACUAGCAAGGAGAAAGGAGGAGCAGUUGUGUGAUAUAUCUCUCCACUUUUUAAUAUUCAUUAUGUAUGUAUAUAUAUGUUAGUGAGAACAGACGAACGAACGAAUAUAUAGUCGGAACCCAAUAGUUAAUAAACCAGAAGGAUUCAUGAGAGUGACCGACUACUGUAUGCUCAUGUCAAAGUUUUCAAGUGGUCUCGGCAGCUUUCUUGAUCACGGCGGCAAUCGUAAUCAUCGUGUUGCUGAUGCGGAUGCCGAUGCCUAUGAAGUAUGUUCCGAUCAAAAGGAGGACGCCGGAAAGCAGAUAACGUGGCGGGCGCGCUGCGGUUUGUCCUCCUCCUCCUCCUCCGAUAUUAUUAUCGAGCCACGACAGGAGCUGCAACGGAUCAGGAACCGUUAUGAUCAUCAGAUUAGUCCCGGAGGGAAGCUCCUAUUUCCAUGGGAGGACGAAGCGGAAGCUCCCAAGAAAACGGAAGAGGGGGAAAAUUCCCAUUCCCAUUCCCAUUUCCAUUUCCAUUUCCAUGGGAGGAGGAGGAGGAGGAGGAAGGCAAGCAAAAGGGAUCGCCAAAGAUUUGGGUUUAGGGUAAGUACAGAAGGAGCUGCUAGGCAUGGGCAUGGCAGUGAUUUGGGUUUUGGGGAUGAUGAUGAUGAUGAUGAGGAGGAGGAGGAGGAGGAGGAGGAGGAGGAAAAUUAUAGUUAUAAUGGAGAAGGAGGUGGAGGAGGAGGAUUGAUGGCAGUGAUGAGGGAAAAGGCAAAGGGAUCAGAGAGGAGUAGGCCGUACAGUAUGGACAUGGAAGAAGUGAAGGCCUGCAGGGACUUGGGCUUUGAGUUGGAGCUGGAGCUGAAACACCAUCACCAUCAUCAUCAGCUUCGCUCCGCCGCCAGUAGUGGAAGCGACUCCCCCACCAUCAUCCCCCAAUAUUAUUGGCGCGUUUCUAGCCCCGGUCGGUCAGCCAUCCUGCCCGUCCCAUUCCAUCUACUUAAUUUUACUAAUCUUCUACAUACUAACUCAUUUAGGUGAUGAUCCGAGGGAUGUCAAAACUCGACUCAAACAAUGGGCGCAGGCAGUGGCGCUCGCAUCUGCUACGUCUCCCCGCCGCUAGUAGCUGCAACCUACCCUACGUACCGGCAUCUGCAUGCUUGCCCAACUAAUUCCUUGUACAUAUAUGUAUCAUAUAUACAUAUGAGAUGAGAUGCAUGAUAUAUAUAUACACACACACACACUCUUGCUCUGCAACAAAUCCUUAAAUUUUCUUUUUCUUUAACUACUCUGCGUCUUGUAUAUGGACUUUAUAGAGUGGCAUCUUUCUUUGUAUAUUUUGGUUGAACUUGAUUGAGGCAUGGUUUCUUAA